ACACACUUUAUAAUUUUCUACUCUCUUCUCAACUGUCUCGCCGUGUUCAUCUCGCGUGCGUAGCAGUCAGAAAAACACUGCGAGAAAGAGAAGAUAAUCACAGAGAGAGAAACUAGAGAGAGAAACGAAAAACCCCUUUUGACCAUUGCGCCUCGGUUUCCAUUUUCCCAUUGAUUCUGCCAACAAAGCCUUUUGUUUUUUUCGGUAUUUUGUUUUUGUGAUCAUCCAUUUCAUCUGGGUUUCUGUUUGUGAUCAACCACAGAACUUAGAUCUUAUUCUGCUGCUGAUUAGGAUUCGAAUACCCAGUUGUGUUUCUCUUUCUGGGUGUGCUGUUUUUCGGCCAAAGUUUCGGUUUUGCAGUGUGGGAAAGUGUAGAAAGGGAUUGAUUCUAUGUGGGUUUCUCAUAGAUUGGCUCAAUCAUGUUGUUGGCUUUAACACUGUGCUUAUGAAGUAAUAUGGAAUUGCUCCUUGCACGCAUAACUCAUCAACGACAACAAAAACAACAAUAACAUGUCGUUUUACAUUGGUCGUGAGGCUUCAAAGCUAUGGAAGAGAAUUUGUGCAGAGACAACUACAGAGAUCAACCUCCUUGCUGAGAAUUGGAAAUACCUUCUCUCUGGUCUUGUUUUUCAGUAUAUACAUGGUUUGGCUGCCCGAGGAGUUCAUUAUUUACAUAGGCCUGGCCCUACUCUGCAAGAUGUUGGAUUCUUCCUUCUACCGGAGCUUGGGCAAGACAAAGCUUACAUAAGUGAAACACUGUUUGCCAUUAUCUUUAUUUCCUUUGUCUUGUGGACAUUUCAUCCUUUCAUAUUGAAGAGCAGAAAGAUCUAUACAGUACUAAUAUGGUGCAGGGUUCUAGCAUUCUUAGUUGCUUCUCAAGUUCUUCGCAUAAUCACAUUUUAUUCUACACAACUUCCUGGUCCAAACUACCAUUGCCGUGAGGGGUCUAAACUUGCCACAUUACCCCGUCCAGACAGUGUCCUUGAAGUCCUCUUGAUUAAUUUUCCGCGUGGUGUAGUAUAUGGAUGUGGUGAUUUGAUAUUUUCAUCACACAUGAUCUUUACCCUUGUUUUUGUGCUCACGUAUCAGAAACAUGGAACUCGAAGGUCAAUAAAGCAGCUAGGAUGGUUGCUUGCUAUUAUUCAAAGUCUUUUGAUAGUUGCAUCCCGCAAACAUUACACGGUUGACGUAGUUGUUGCCUGGUACACUGUUAAUUUGGUGGUCUUUUUCAUAGACAAGAAAUUGCCAGAAUUACCAGACCGGUCAAUUGCCGCUGCGACCCUGCUACCGUUGAGCACCAAAGACAAAGAUGGCAGGACCAAAGAGGAGAACCACAAGCUAUUGAAUGGAAAUUCAGGAGACCCUGCAGAUCGGAGGCAGAGAACUCAAGUAAAUGGCAAGAUCAUGGAAGAUGGCAAUACACUCCAUGCAGACUCUGCCAUGAACGGUGCAUAGAUAUAGGAGCCUCUGCUGUACAAAUUGGAUCCACUGCAAGAUUGCUGAUGGAAAGCUGCAACCUUCAAUUUGAAGGAUUUGUUGCCUGAACAUUCACUUCUUAAUUCAAAAUUAGUAUCCUGAAUUGUAUUAGUUGAAAAGAAACUGGGUUGUGCUUUUCAACAGUUUGCAGCCCCGAUCCGUUGUCAUAUGGAUAAAUUAUCUACCAUCAGCAUGUGCCAUAUAGAAAAUUUCAAAUCCCUCUUAUCUACAUCGUCGACCCCAUGU